AUGGACCAUGCAACACACCGAGUCGGCUACUGGCUUCCCAAAGACAAGGCUAUCAUACGAGAAUGGGUUGCGACGAUCGUCGAGAUUAGCCACGAAAGCCGUUACAGCGAACUCGACCCCACCUUGGUUGCCUUUCAGCACGUGGUCGACCGUAGUCCUCUCCUCAAACCACUGUCCAACAACAUGUUCACCGAGGCUGCCAACAACGACUCUCGACCGUUCCGUGAUCGUGAGAAACCACGUGUCAAGGAUUUCGAGAGCAUGCUGCGGUGCUUCAACGUGCUCAUGCGAAGAGCACCCCCGUGGGACGAUGCGGAAGAGAAAAGCGGCCUCAUCGGCUUCCCUUUCAAUGCCGUGCUCGACACCGCCAUGGGCACGGCAGCCGGCUACCAGUUCUUCUUGGACAGCGAUGUGAACCGGUGCCUACGCGCAAUCAUUACCAAAUGGGGCCAGUAUUUGCAGCACGACAAGGAUUCCGCACGUGUGUUGCAGGGCUGGCUUUCAAAGGGCAUUCAUGAAAUGGAGAAGAAGGGAAACGAAUGCGGCGACGGGCCGGUCACGAAGCUGACUUUUGUCCAGCUCUAUCAGUGCGACCCAAGCGCGCCAAAUCAUGGGUUUCGUUGCUGGGACGACUUCUUCACGAGAAAGUUUCAGCCCGGUGUCCGCCCUGUGCACCCCAAGGAGAAUCCAGACGACCCCCGCUUCAUUGUCCAUGCCUGCGAGUCAGCCCCUUUUCAAGCGCCAGUGCGCGGCGUGCAGCGCACCGACAACUUUAUGGCCAAGAACCAGCGCUACUCGUUGCAAGACAUGCUCGACAGCGAUCCGAUGGUCGACUACUUUGUUGGUGGCACCGUCUACCAGGCCUUUCUCUCGGCGCUCAGCUUCCAUCGCUGGCACACGCCAGUCUCAGGUACCAUUCUCAGCGUUCGCAACAUCCUUGGCACCUACUACUCGGAGAAUUUCUAUCAGGGUCUUUUUGGGGGCCAUGCCGAUGCAGCAGCGCCCAACAACUCGCAGCCGUACAUUGCGUCGGUGGCGACGCGCAUGCUCAUCUUCAUCAAGGCGGACAACCCAGCCAUCGGUGUCGUCGCCUUUCUCGCAAUUGGCAUGGCCGAAGUCUCGUCGUGCGAGGCCACGGUGGCACCCGGCCAGCAUGUCAAAAAGGGUGAUGAGUUGGGCAUGUUUCACUUUGGCGGUUCGUCGUACGUGCUCAUCUUCAGGCCGGGUUUGGAGCUUUUGUGGUGCGGCUUGCCGACGGCGUACCCUGGUCCGACCAAUUAUCACGUCAACAGCGUGCUGGCGGUCGUGAAUAACUAA